AUGUCCAGGGAAGAUUGGCAGCUACAAGAGAGCUGCCUCAAGUUCUGCACUUUGCUUGUGACUUCUAGCGAGGAGCGGGAGAAGCGCUAUCAUUUAGCCAUGGCCCGGGAACCAUGGACCAUUUUAAUUGGGACAGAGUUUAAAAUAACCCAGAGAAGUUGCUUGCCCAAACUCAACAUUGUUGUGAGUGGUGGAGUAGGAGUAGAUUAUCUUGACAUACCUCUUAUCAGAGCAAUACUGUGCAAUACUCCUGGUAUAGCCACAGCAGACAUUGGCAUGGCCUUGAUUUUGGCAUCUGCUAGGAAAAUUCUGGAAGGCUAUAACUUUUCCAAGUAUCAUGAAUCAGAGUAUAUGCACAAGUUAUUUUAGGGUAAUGAUGUUAGUGGUCCCACCCUGGGUAUUAUUGGAAAGGGAAGAAUGAGAUAUAAGGUUGCCAAAAGAGCCCAAGGCUUUGAUAUGAAGGUCCUCUAUCACAACAGGAACCGAAGCAGAGGAGUAGGCAGUGGGGUGAAGGUACUGCUGCAGAGGUCAGACUUCAUCAUAGUGGUGGUCAGGCACUCUCCUCAGACGCACCACCUUAUUGGUGCAAAAGAAUUGGCCAUGAUGAAAUCCAGUGGUACCCUCAUUAACAUCAGUAGAGACGUCACAUACCCAGAGCCUCUUCCGAGAGAUCACCCCUUAUUCUCACUGCCGGAUGUGAUUGUCUUACCUCACGUUGGAGCACAGUGGAGGCGUGUCAAGCAAAAGUGGAGAAAAUCUUUGGUCUAA